GGCACCUGAUCACAGACACUAAUUGUUCCUAUAUAAACUCUUUCAUUCUCAAAUACUCACACACCACAGGUGCCUUUAAGACUUGAAGGAGACCUUUAUACCAACACAAGAUGAGGUUCUUGGUUGUUGCUGCUGCUGUUCUGGCUGUGGUGAGUGCUGCCAGUCUUUCUCUGGAGGACAUGGAGUUUCACGCAUGGAAACUGAAAUUUGGUAAGAGCUAUAGUUCUGUGAAGGAGGAGGCACAGCGUAAGUUGACCUGGUUGACCAAUCGCAAACUGGUUUUGGUUCACAACAUUCUGGCAGACCAGGGCAUCAAAUCCUACAGACUUGGCAUGACAUACUUUGCUGAUAUGGACAAUGAGGAGUACAGACGGGUGGCGUUCCGGGGAUGCCUGGGCUCCUUCAAUAUGUCUAAGGCCCGUGGUGGAGCUACAUUUGUCCAGCAGGCAAAUGGCAUUGUGCUGCCUGAUUCUGUGGACUGGAGGCACAAGGGCUACGUGACCGAUGUUAAGGACCAGAAGGAUUGUGGAUCAUGCUGGGCCUUCAGUGCAACUGGUUCUCUGGAGGGUCAGAUAUUCAGGAAAACAGGCAAACUGGUGUCUUUGAGUGAGCAGCAGCUGGUGGACUGUUCUGGUGAUUAUGGGAACAUGGGCUGUGGUGGGGGACUAAUGGAUCAGGCCUUCCAGUACAUUGAAGCCAAUAAAGGUCUGGAUACAGAGGACUCCUACCCUUAUGAGGCCCAGGAUGGUCAGUGCCGUUUUAACACGAGUACUGUGGGUGCCACUUGCACAGGAUAUGUAGAUGUUUCCAGUGGGGAUGAAAGUGCACUACAGAAGGCUGUUGCCACGAUCGGCCCCAUAUCUGUUGCCAUAGAUGCUGGGCACAGUAGCUUUCAGCUCUAUGAAUCAGGUAUCUAUGAUGAGCCUUACUGCAGCAGCACUGAUUUGGAUCAUGGUGUUCUGGCCGUUGGUUAUGGAACUGAUGAUGGAGAGGACUACUGGCUGGUCAAGAACAGCUGGGGCCUGGACUGGGGUGACAAGGGCUACAUAAAGAUGUCUAGGAACAGGAGUAACCAGUGUGGUAUUGCUACUGCUGCCAGUUACCCUCUGGUCUAAUGGCUCAGGAAAGGGCCACGUGGAGCAGAGGGGGGAAAGGAGAUCUGAACUAUUUGAAUGAUUCUUCAAUGAAUCCCUCAUGAUCAUCUUUUUACUUUAUUUUGAAUUAAAAUAGAAAAGGUUCUAAUAAAGACUGACUUGUUGUUCAGUGUUUUUAUUUUCCAACUCCUUGAAGAGGAGAACAUUAUGUUAAUGUAAAAUAAUAAAUACAAUGGUGUUGUACAGUAUAUAUAUAUAUAUAUAUAUAUAUAUAUAUAUAUAUAAAGUCUUUGAAUAAAACUGAAAUAAAUGAUUAGCACAAAAAUCUACUGUAGCUAUAAAGGCCUAUGUGCUCUGACUGUAGCCCCCAUCCCCCUCCCCCUUCUCUCUCUCUUUUUUUUACUUGCCUCAGACUUGUCCAUGUAAUAAAUGAAUUUAAGGUGUUUUAAUGUUGUCAGUGGUUGUGAAGGAGCAUGAAUCAGUCAUUGGUUUCUCUGAGACAAACUGCAGUUUUGACUUCCAUAUCUGACAUAGACAAUGAAUUUCUGGGAAUUUUUCCAUUAAAAAUAGUCCCUGGCUGUGACAUGAAUGCAAAACUAUUUGCUGCAUAUAUUAAUUAUUUAUUGAUGGUUAUCAUAAGGGGCUUUUGU